AUGAAUCCUUUGCCCAAUGUCAGUGGUGGGAAUGUUACACGGGGUCGGAGAAUUCAUCGGUUUAGCAGGCGUGUUACAGGUGUGGGGAAUGAGGCUGGAGGUAAUAUGCGCGUCCAGUCUUUUUACCGUGCAAGCAAUGUAGAGCGAGCUGCGUCUUCCCGAGCGGGCCCUGGGAGUCUGUCGGGCGAGCGGCCGACUUCCAGUGCUCCGUCCCGUGCACCUCAUCACAAUCACGGCGACAAGUCUGAGACCACUGAGGUUGCUAUAGAGGUGGAGGAAGCUUAUGAUGAACUUGAGGAGUUUCAAGACAUCACUGUCCCCACCUAUGACACAGAGCGGAUACCUUCUGCUGCUUCACAAGCAUCAGUGUAUGCAGCAUCAUCUUCAACCCCUCCGGCAACCAGACCCAAGUCAUCACUGUAUGUGUCCCCUACAUUACCAGUGAGAUCUCCUGUCACCAGCUCUACGUCAUCACUGUCUGUGGUCCCUCCAAUACCAGUCACAUCUUCUGUUUCCAGCUCACUGCACACUCAGCCAGCACUAUCUCCUGGCGCACAUAGCUCCCCAGGUAACCAAGGGUCCACAGAAACUGACCUUCCAACAUCUGAAGAGAACCCUUCGCAUGAUGAUUGUGUUGGACCCGAUAAUAUUGAAGGUUAUGGAGCUGUGCAGGACCUGGCAGAGUAUUUGUUCAACCUUAGAGAACACCAUCUGGCCUUAACUGGAGAAGAGUCUGAUCAAAUCAUCAACCUAUGGCAGGCAUUGGGGGAGUUUGAUAAGAAAAAGACCACUUACUCGACACGUCACCAAACCAACCUAAAACAGGGACGAUUCAGGGCCAGUAAGAAGAAUGUGGCACCAGGUGUGGAGAGCACCAGAAGGUGUUUCAUUGGGCAUCAUAGUCCUGCACAGAGGCCUGACUGCAACAGAGUGGUGGAGGGCAUCUUCACAAGGCUCUGUGCUCUCUACCAAAACGCGGUGCGCGUUGAAGGAGAGAGGGUUACCCGCUCCACAAUGAUUGCACGGGUCUACAGACAUAUCCGAGAGUACAUCCUCACCAAUGAUAGGGUGAUGAGAGAAACCACCAUCCAGCUUCCACAGAUGAACGCUUCAACAAUCUCAGACUGGUUCUCCAAGCGUGACAAGUCACAGGAUGUGAGGGUUACAAAGCAGGGUAUCAAUUUCCCAGAUGCACCCAUGGCUGGACCUGAGAAGCUUCCUGCGGCUUUGCAGAAAGGGCCGGCGCUAUUUCCAGGGAGCUUGGCUGAGCCUCACCUUUUUGUCCUGCCAAGAAACACUGCUGGGGAGGCAAAACUCAAGAGGAGGUCACAACCUCCAGCCCUCCCUGCAGCUUCUGACAGUUGUAGACAGUUGUAGGUUAAAUUGUCAUCUUUAGGUCGCUGGUUCAAAUCCGGCUCGGAGGACGAUUUUAAUCCGCUGUAUAUCAAACUGCUUCCUGUUAACUGUAUAACACUGUGCUAUCCUCACAUACCUGUGUAAAGUAGAUCUUCUAAACCCUGCGAUAGCUCAGUUGAUAGAGCGGAGGACUGUAGUUGGUUAAAUUGUUAUCCUUAGGUCGCUGGUUCAAAUCCGGCUCAAAGGAGUUAUUUUCUUCAAUUUGCUGUUCUUAAAACUGCAUCCUGCUAAUGGUAUAUCACAACACUACCCUCACAUACAUGUGUGAGAUAGAUAUUCCAAACCCUUCGAUAGCUCAGUUGGUAGAGCGGAGGACUGUAGUUGGUUAAAUUGUCAUCCUUAUGUUGCUGGUUCAAAUCCGUCUCGAAAGCGGUACUUAAAUCUAGUGUUCUUAAAACUGUUUCCUGUUUACGGUAUAUCACCACA